UGUGUAAAUUUGCCGAUGCGUGCUGCAGCGCAAUCAGGACAGGGCAAUCUCCACGGUGAACUGGCAAAGCCCUGGGGAAACAUGCUGCUGUUCAGAAAUUGGUCAGGUGGGGCGCUCACCUGCGUACAGAUCUUGUUUUGUGUGCUAACACUCUGCCCUCCCUUUCUCUUGGAGGAUUCGCAGGAGCCUGAACAGCUGCGCAAACUCUUCAUUGGCGGCUUGAGCUUUGAAACAACAGAUGACAGUCUACGGAACCACUUUGAGCAAUGGGGCCGGCUGACAGAUUGUGUGGUGAUGAGAGACCCGAAUACAAAGCGCUCCAGGGGCUUUGGCUUUGUGACGUACUCCUGCGUCUCGGAGGUCGACAGCGCAAUGGCUGCCAGGCCUCACAAGGUCGACGGUCGUGUUGUUGAACCCAAACGUGCGGUGUCAAGAGAGGACUCUACCAGGCCUGGGGCGCACCUCACCGUGAAGAAGAUCUUCGUCGGCGGCAUCAAGGAAGACACAGAGGAGCACCACCUCCGGGAUUACUUCGAGAAGUUUGGCAAGAUUGAGGUGACCGAAGUGAUGACCGACCGACAGAGCGGCAAGAAGAGAGGGUUUGCCUUCAUCACGUUUGACGACCAUGACGCCGUCGACAAGAUUGUUGUUCAAAAGUACCACACGGUCAACGGACACAACUGUGAAGUGAGGAAGGCAUUGUCCCGUGAGGAGAUGCAGAACUCCGGCAUGAACCAGAGAGGGCGAGGGAGCUCCGGCAACUUUGGCCGCGGAAACUUUGGCAACUCCGGCGGAAACUUUGGCGGCCGUGGAGGUGGCGGGGGAGGGAAUUUCAACAGCAGAGGUGGCUUUGGAGGCAGCUCGAGAGGAGGUGGCGGCAACUACGGAGGCUGCGGUGAUGGUUACAAUGGAUUUGGUGAUGGUGGUGGAUAUGGUGGUGGCGGUGGUUACGGCGGCGGCGGCAGAGGCGGACCCGGCUAUGGAGGCAGUCCAACCUAUGGCAACCAGGGCGGUGGUGGAUAUGGUGGUGGUGGCGGUGGCAGCGCCUAUGAUGGCUACAACAGUGGAUUCGGUGGCAACUUUGGAGGUGGCGGAGGAGGCAACUACAAUGACUUUGGCAACUACCCAAACCAGCAGUCUUCUAACUACGGGCCGAUGAAGGGUGGUGGAGGUGGUGGGGGAGGCUAUGGAGGAAGGAAUUCCAGUGGGCCCUACGGAGGUAAUUAUGGUGGCUCUGGGGGAGGAGGAGGAGGAUCCUUUAGUCGGAGGUUCUAACUUUUCUGCAGCCAGGAAUACAGUACUUAGCAGGCGAGGAUGAGCCAGGAGAUUGUGACAGGGAGACAGCAGGUUACUACAAUACAAAUCUCAGCCAAGCACAGGGCACAACUGCUACCGGAAGAGAAAAAAUGUCUUUUUUAGUCAGAAAAGUCAGUGUUUGAACUCAUGAACUUUGAAAGGAAUAAAAAUUAAACCCACAUGCAUGGAUAUCUGCGUAAGGACUGUAAUUGAUAUUUUGAUAAACUGUUGAACAGGUUAUUUUAUAGUUGUGACUACCCCUUCCCCUGGAAGUGUAAAAUGAACAUUCCAGUGAGUUUUUAUUAGAAUUGUUUUUUGAUUUUAUUGCUUCCAGUUUUCAAGUGAUAUAUAAAUGUAUUAGUUGUGAUCAUGACUCGGAAUAAAAUACUUUCCAUUUAAUAGUCCUGCAGGUAGUCUGUCUUGUUUCGGAUCGUAGUGUUAAGGGGUAACGAGGAACACGUUUAAGUCCGUUUCUGGGGUGGGGUUGGGGGCUGGGGUGUUGUUCCCCGAGAGGCUUUCCUGUCUCUUGAUCAGACUUGAGCUUAGUUCUGUCCACCCUGAGGAUGGGUGUGGAUGCAGCUUGGCAGGUGGGAUGCACGUCGUUGCUUUCAAACCUCCAGGGGUUGGUGACACGGGAUGCAGCUUCUCUUCUCUCCCCCCCCCCCCCCCAAAAAAAAGACACCGGCUGCUCCUGUUAUCUCCAUUCUCCCUCCCCAAAAUCCUGUCCGAAAGGGCUGCUGCAGGGGUCCUGUUGAAGCCACAGAUGAGUUUGUUUUACCCCCACCCCUCUUCCUCCUGUAAACAGCACUAGUUUUGAGCAUGAAGGGAGGGAGGUUGCCCUGUGAUGCCACCUGGUGGGGUGCAAGUUGAGCAGGGAGAAUGAAGACAGAUGAGAGAGAGUGAGUGUCCAUCCGCACACUGGCAUGUCGGUAUGUGUAACUGGCUUCCCUCAGCGUCCUGCUACCCCCCCACCCCCGGUGCAAGGGAAUGCGGUGCCAGAAGCUGCACUGCCCUGCGGCACUGGGCAGAGACACCACCCACACUUUUUUUCUCCUCCUCUUCCCCCGCCCCCCCAAUAACGAGCGUUACUGGUGAUUGGCUCUUCCCCUCCCCCUCCCCUCCCUUCCUGCUCGAGUCUCGUUUGGGGAGAAAGGAUAGCAAGGCUGCCAUUGCGAAUUUUUAACAAGAAUUGUUUGUAGCUUAAACUGUAACUUCAGGGUGCACCGGCAUAUAGAUCCUUACCCUGUGCUUUUCUAUUCAGGCAUUGAGGAGCCCUAUAUUUUAUUUUGUUUAAAUCACCUAUUUUAAACCCCCCUUCCCCCCACCACCCCACUCUCUGCAAAAUGAAUCUGGACCCUUUUAAAAUAGGCACCUUCCGCUUGACUGGAUGCUGAAGCCUUGGAAGUUACAGUGCAAAUAGCAAUAGAGCUGAAUAAGGAUUGUGACUUAAAGAUUUUUUAUUUUUUUUUUAGAUUGAGGUGCGUGCAAUGCUACAUUCAUAUUGCCACUGCAGGAGCCUGGAAUUAUGACUUAAGUGGAGGGGGUAGUGUUGAUUUUUUUUUGCCCCCCCUCCUCCCUCCCCCUCCACCGCAGUGGGUCGGUGUGAAUGUAGCAGCGCCGAGACUUUUAAUUUUUAUAUAUAUAUAUCUUAUACAUAAUAUUUCACGUAAUGUGGACAAAAAAAGUUUUUCACCUUGUAGCGGUAAGGCAAUGGACGAUGACUUUUUGACACAGGCAGCAGGAGUCAAGCUUGUGUAGUAAGAGACGAGAGUUGGCCGCAGUGAGAAGUCGCCGAGGGGAGGAGAGCACUUGUGUUGUUUCGGGGGGCCUCUUGCUCCGAAAAAGAACCAGAGGAGAGAAGUAAAAAGGAACGUUGUUCUAGAGACCAGGCAGGACAACCACACAGAUUUUUUACUACCCAGCAGCAGAAGCAGCAGCAGCAGAAGCAGCAGCAGCAGCGGAGUAUAGACUGUGUAGUCCACAUGCCGAGAGAGGCUGCGAGCAUAACACCGUCGGAAGGCAAGCAAAGGAAAAGGCCAGCUUAUUCUCUUUUUUGAUAGCGUUGCUGCGUUCUUACUGGAGGCUAAUAGGCAUGAGGGUUACUCUAUGCUUCGUGGGAGGCUAGCUAUUGAGGACUAGCACAGCCAGAAGCCUUGCGACUAGGACUAAGCAGGCAGGCAGAGAAAGCACAACCCCCCCGUUCACGGCCAGGUAAAGGGGCCGUGCUCUCAAUAGGUACACCUUGAUGGGCUCGCUCGCUCUCUCUCUCACCCUGACCCAGAGCGCGUCGGCAAGCCUUAUCGAAUCCGGCGUAAAAGUUUCACCCUCCAGUUGUGGUGGAUUAAGACGGAAACUGGAAUCAGUGCGGAUCGUAUCUCUUAUAGAGAAUGUUCAAUACUGUGUAUUUGUAAUGGCUGUUGUACAACCUUUUUCUACCAUGUACGUGAUUUUAAUAAAGACUUCCAUGUCGUUUUUGCCUCUU